AUGGCGGAUGAUCCACCAGCUACAGAAGCAGUUCACUAUUUAAAGGAUCACUACGAACCAGGUGCAUACAACUCUUCAUCUGCAGUUUGGUAUCCUCAAGUGAGGGCCCCUCACUACGAAAUUAAGGCCAGUACUCUUCAGUUACUGCCUUCUUUUUACGGCCUAUCAAAAGAGGAUCCAUACCGGCACUUGGAUGACUUUGCUGAGGAUAAGGCGAAUGACUGGUUUAAUUCAUUGCCAGUAGACUCCAUCACUACAUGGGCUGAAUUGCAACAAAAGUUUUUAAACAAGUACUUCCCCAUGGUGAGAACUACUCAAUAUCGAGAUGCUAUUACUCGUUCUGCUCAAGGGCCUGAAGAGCCUUUUCAUGAGGCUUGGGAAAGAUUCGGAGACCUUCUUCGGAAGUGUCCUCAUCAUGACAUGCCAAAAUGGCAGCUUGUCAACUUCUUCCAUAAGAGGCUCAAAUUAGCAAGACCUCAUACCAUAUUGAGGAGAGCAGAAAGUGUGAAUGAAGCAGGAAUAAAUCAACGGCUAGUGAGCCAAAUUGAGGCAUUAACCAAGAAGGUUGAUCAAUUGAUGACUUCACAGUCAAAUUUUACGCCUCCUUCAACUAAUGCUCAAGGCUUUGAAGUGUGCUCUUUCUGUUCCAGUCAAACUCACCAUGUGUCCAUUUGUCCAAGUGCAGCUCAGUAUUCAGAAAUUCCACAAGAGCAAGUUAAUGCUACCUAUGGAAGGCUCGGACGGAAUAAUAUGUACAACCCGGCUUGGAGAAACCAUCCUAACUUCUCAUGGAGAAAUCCAGCCACAGAGACAUCAGCUCCUCCACCUCAAGUACCUCAGGUGCAAGUAUUCACUGCACUUGGGUACGACGAUGGGUUUUUUGCAACGGGAAGGUGCUCUAAACCAUUUGGAAAUUGCACAGCUGGAAAUUCUGCAACCGAGCCCUACAUUGUAGCCCAUAAUUUGAUCUUAUGUCAUGCAGCUGCAGUUCGAAGAUACCGUCAAAAGUAUCAAGAAAAACAAAAGGGAAGAAUUGGCAUUCUCUUGGAUUUUGUUUGGUAUGAACCUCUUCCAAGAUCAAAGGCAGACAAUGAUGCAGCUCAAAGAGCAAGAGACUUCCAUGUGGGAUUGUUCAUGCAUCCCCUUGUAUAUGGUGAGUAUCCAAGAACAAUGCAAGAAAUUGUUCGAGAUCGGCUGCCCAAGUUCACAGAAGAGGAGGUUGAGAUGGUAAAGGGCUCGUUUGAUUUCAUCGGUAUCAAUCAAUACACUGCUUAUUACAUGUAUCAGACCAAACCAAAAGCCCUUGGCUACCAGCAGGACUGGCAUGCUGGAUUUGCUUAUGAACGAAAAGGUGUUCCAAUUGGUCCAAGGGCAUAUUCUUAUUGGCUGUACAAUGUACCAUGGGGUCUAUACAAAGCUGUGACGUACAUAAAAGAACAUUAUGGGAAUCCUACUGUUAUUCUGGCUGAAAAUGGCAUGGAUGAUCCGGGUAAUGUGACACUUCCCAAGGGUUUGCACGAUACCACGAGGAUCAACUACUACAAGGGGUAUUUGACAGCAUUGAAGAAGACAGUUGAUGAGGGAGCAAAUGUGAUGCGGUAUUUUGCGUGGUCAUUGCUUGACAAUUUUGAAUGGAGAUUAGGAUACACUUCCAGAUUCGGCAUUGUUUAUGUCGAUUUCAAAACCCUCAAGAGGUAUCCUAAAAUGUCGGCCUAUUGGUUCCAGCAAUUACUUCGCCGAAACAAGCAUUAAGCGAGAGGAAGUGUUGCUUUUUUGUGCGUCUCCAAUAAAUAAUGUCCAACCCAAGGACUUUGUUGUUGUAAUGGAUUUGUCUGUCCUUCUAGAGUGUUAUCUUAAUGAUUGUUUGGUAAGAAAAACAAUCAGAAUUUCUAUCAUUUUUCUUAAGCAAGAUAUGAUUGUCGGUAAAA